ACAUGACCCAUAUUAAACCAUCAAUUUACUCUUGAACAGCCGCUUUCAGUUUCUCCUUUUUUAUUUUCUCUUUCAAUUCCAAUGGCACCAAAGGCAGAGAAGAAGCCAGCUGAAAAGAAGCCGGCGGAGGAGAAGAAGUCUACCGUCGCCGAGAAAGCUCCGGCAGAGAAGAAGCCAAAGGCCGGGAAGAAGCUACCAAAGGAUGCCGCUUCCACCGAGAAGAAGAAGAAGAAGGCCAAGAAGAGUGUUGAGACCUACAAGAUCUAUAUCUUUAAGGUGCUAAAACAGGUACAUCCUGAUAUUGGGAUAUCUAGCAAGGCUAUGGGAAUCAUGAACAGCUUCAUCAAUGACAUUUUUGAGAAGCUGGCUCAGGAAUCUUCUAGAUUGGCCCGUUACAACAAGAAGCCAACUAUUACUUCUCGGGAGAUCCAGACUGCUGUGAGACUUGUGCUUCCUGGAGAAUUGGCUAAGCAUGCUGUUUCUGAGGGCACUAAGGCUGUUACAAAGUUUACUAGCUCUUGAAGUUCUGAUGAGUUAGAAUAGUUUUUGGGUCCAUCCUGUUAUUUGAAUUUCUAUGGUUGUUUAGAAUUAGGGUUUAUUUGUAUUACUAGAUACAAUUUUACUAUCUUCUUUCGUUUUUGUUGGUGAACUUUUGGAUCAUCUCGAUCCAUUGUGUAGUUCAGAUUUGAAAUACAAUCCUUUGAUGAAUCUGUCUCAA